AACCCAAAUAUGUUAUUAAAAAUGUUCCAUGUCUUAACAGUGAUUUUUAAAACCCUUUUUAAGAAGUACAAGUAGCCCAAAAACCAUGGUUUUCUAGAAGUCCUACUUUCGCAUUUCGAAGAAAACUUUCUAGAGAAGAAAAGAAAGAGCACGUUGAGAAACUCUUAUAAACCAAAGGACAGCUCCAUAGGAUUCUGGGGUUCGCAGGUAGCCUAGGCCAACUUUCUGGUGUAACACGCCUAUUUUAUUAAUAGUUGGCGAUGGACGAGGCGAUGACCGGGCAGAAAGCUUACGGGGCGAUCCCUGCGAAGUAGAUUUCUCGAAACUUGACGAGGUACGGGGCGAUGCGAGGCAGGAAGUCUGCGAGGCGAUCCUCGCGAGGGAGCUAAAGAUGGUCCAUCGUCUACCUCUGUUACCUACAAGAGGUAGCCGGCUGCUCCUGUUACACCUGAUCAAGAGAAAUACGGUAUAUACAUGUAAAUAACACGUUUAGGAUAUGUUGCUAAUGUUGAAGGUGCUAUUGUUGGUGUUAUUAUUGAUGUUACUGUUGGUGAUAUUGUUGGUGUUAUUGUAAGAUUAGUCGAAGUGAACUCAUUUAGCCGAUAUUGUAGAAGAACCUCAUCAACAUCAUUUGAAACAUGCGCGGGCGUUUGCGAUGAUAUGAGUAUAUUAGAAUUUCUCAUUCGUAUUAUUAACAAUGAUUCGUCAUCUUCGAUUACAUAA